AUGGAUCAUGCUCAGGAUGUGGUGUUAGAUGUGUUCAAGCGCCAGUUCUUCACAGAUGGAGGACGACCAGGCCGAGCUCACCAAGCCAGCCACUUCAGUGUACAGAUCAGGUACCUGAAACAACAAGAGGCAGCAGUGUUGCAGUGCAGUGGCACAUCUGGCCUGUACAUAGAGCCCCGUUUGCCUGACUCGUCCAAUCCAUCAGACGAGUAUCAAGUCGUGUGGAUGCCUCAGGCCACUUUGGCAGAAGCACAGCAUAGCAUGCAAUGUGAACCCCUCAGCAUAGGCCUGGCCCGUGCUGGACGUAGGUAUGGCAUCCGUGUACAGGCAAAGCACUACCAGUCCGUGUUCAGCAAGCUGAAACCGGAUAGCCAGUUUCUUGCACCCGGAGAACGCCUGAAUUGGCACUGUGGGCCUUGGCCUUUCGGAAGUGACAGGAAGAUGCUGGCCAAAGUUUUUGGUGACAUGCAGUGGCAAGCCCGUCCAUUGCAGCCUGCCAAGACAGUGGACGGAGGCAUCAUGUGGCUGGUGCAAUCAGUGACAGAACCUCCCACUGCAGUUUGGAACUUAGGUCAUGGGCCUGUUGUGGUUUCCAGGUGUGAGUCCCAGUCUGCUAGCAUGACGCAGUCGAGCCAUGUCAUAGGACCACAAGCCACUGUGGAGCUGUGUAGCACCAAUGCUGAAGUUGACCCCUGGUUGACUCGUGAUCCAUGGCAAGGGUCUUUGCGAAAUGUUCCCGUUCAGCCAGCGCCGAAUGUCACCACACAAAUCCAAGAGAUGGAAGAGAGACUGGAAAAGGCCAUUUUGGCCAAACUGCCAUGUGAGAAGAUGGAAACAGAUGAGGAGGACAAUCGUGUCCACCAACUUGAACUCCAACUCCAGCAUCUGGCAACACGUCAGCAAUCACUGGAGGGCCUGGUGAAUGAACAUCACCAUCAGCACACGGCACAGGUUCAAACCUUGCAAACACAGAUGAUGUCACAAAUGGAAGUUCAACGCACCCAAAUGAAGGGUAUGUUCGAUGACCAGAUGAGCAGGCUGGAGGCCAUUUUGGCCAAGAAGGGGCCUGCGGCGGCGAAUGCCGAUCUCUGGAGCUGGGCGCUACAAUCAGUGGAGCGUUUGGGCCUUGAGCAGAUCAUUCUGACUAAGGUGGCGGCACACAGGUUGGUGGCUUCAGCAACCAGCCGCUAUGAAGCGUGGCUUUUCUGGCAUAACACCGCUGCAGACCAUGCGGCGAAGACAGCUAAUUUGGACAGAGGUGAAAGUUUCUGGACGCUUUGGCAGAAGCAUGUUCGUGAGGUUACAGCAGCCCAGGAAGUUCAUGCACAAGCGUGGAACCUCCACCUUCAGGUGGCACUGAUGAGCGUCAAGGAUGAUCAAGCUUUGACGUUGGACACAGUUGAGAUACAACAGCCGAAACACACGAGAGUUUUCGACAAGCUUUUUGAUGUUUCAGCAUGGCAGGGAGACCUCCCCAAGCAGUUUGCCAAUGAGUACGGCCAUGGUAUGGCGACCCGCGUGGCCACCUGGUGGAAGACCCGUACGGAAGCUGGAGGAACCCAGGUUUGUACUUGGACUAUCAGCUGA